UCCAGCCAUAACCACGAAGCCCUCCAAUACUUUUUUUAAUAAGUUGCAGAGAUGGGUCAAGCCUACAACCACCAUCAUCCAUGACCCUUUAUAAGCAACCCUAGCCUGAGGCCUUCACUCUUAUCUCUCUCAAGGCUUCAUUUAUAGCAGCAGAAGCAGCCAUGGACGAAGAUGUCAUCUUCCCUUCAGAUACCGAUCUAGACUUCAGCUUCACAAGCUGUGCUUCCAACACCUCCACUGACCGUACCUUCGCCUCUUCUAGUGCUCGCAGCAGUUUCACCCUAAGCUUCAACGAGUGCCGCUUUUCUACCUCCACUUCAGAAGCACAUCCCCACCAGAGAUCUGAUCCUCAUUGGUCGGCAAUCAAUGCCGCCACUAACCUCUCCUCCGACGGCUCCUUACACCUCCGCCACCUCAAGCUUGUCCGCCACAUUGGCAGUGGCAACCUGGGUCGCGUCUUUCUCUGCCGUCUCAAGGACUACGAUGGGGCUAACUUCGCCCUCAAGGUUGUCGAUAAAGACGUCCUCACAGCCAAGAAGCUUUCUCAAGUCCAGAUGGAAGCUCAAAUACUCUCCACCGUCGAUCAUCCUUUCCUUCCUACCCUCUAUGCUCAUCUCGAGGUCUCCCACUACUCGUGUCUGCUGAUGGAUUACUGCCCAGGUGGGGAUCUCCAUGCCCUCCUUCUUAAACAACCGGAAAACCGUUUCCGGCUUAACGCCGUUAGGUUUUUAACGGCGGAGGUUCUGGUGGCGCUGGAAUAUCUACACGCCAUGGGAGUGGUUUACCGGGAUCUGAAACCGGAAAACGUCUUGAUUAGAGAAGAUGGGCAUAUAAUGUUGUCGGACUUUGACUUGUGUUUUAAAGCCGAUGUGGUCCCUACCAUCGAAACCACCACCACCACAGACACAGCCACGUCAGUUAAGUCAACCCAAUUUAGAUGGAAGAAGAAGAAGAAGAGCCAUUACAGUUACCGUUACAGCUGCUUUGGGGGGCGGGGUUGGAAGGAGGAUGAGGUUGACGUGACUAGGGAGUUCGUGGCGGAGCCGACGGCCGCGUUCUCGAAGUCGUGCGUGGGGACGCACGAGUACCUCUCGCCGGAGGUGUUGAGUGGUAGCGGUCACGGUAACGGAGUUGAUUGGUGGGCCUUCGGGGUCUUCGUAUACGAGCUGCUAUACGGGCGGACGCCGUUUAAGGGACCUACUAAGGAGGCCACCCUGCGCAAUAUAGCGUCAUUGAGGCCAUUUAGGUUCCCGGAAUCUGACGUAACAGUGGCUGGGGAAGAGGGAGAGGAGGAAGCCAGAGAUCUGAUACAGAGGUUGCUGGUGAAGGACCCAAGGAGGAGGCUAGGGUGCGCCAAGGGUGCAACGGAUAUCAAGAAACACCCUUUCUUCCAUGGAAUCAAGUGGCCCUUGAUACGUACGUACAGACCACCAGAGGAGGUCCGUGGUCUGUUGCAGUCGAGGAGGAAAUCGUCGCUGGUGAGUAGUAGGGUUUCUGCAACUUCUUCAUCUUCAUCUUCUUCGUCAAGGAGAAGGCGUUGGUCUUGGAAGAGCUUGGGUGAUCUUCGACGUCGAAGAGGAGAAAUUCGAAGGUGAUGAACUACCAUAACAGAAAGUGUAAGAAAUGGGUUUGGUUUAUUUUUGUAAGCUAGAUUCUUCUGAGGUAGCUUAAUUUUAUUUUUCACUCAUGAA